AUCACAAACCAAUGUAGUCAGGAUUUGUAAAUAAAGAGCAUCGAUUUGUUUGAAUCAGUUGGCAGGUUCCACCAACGCCGAGUCAACUCGCUCUCUCGCUCUCUCGCUCGCUCCUCACUCUUCCUCCGAAACGCUUCUUUCUACACCCAAAUAUGCAGGCCAGUGAUAGGUUCAAUAUCAAUUCCCAGCUUGAACAUCUUCAAGCUAAAUAUGUUGGUACUGGGCAUGCCGACUUGAACAGAUUUGAAUGGGCAGUGAACAUUCAACGUGAUAGCUAUGCCUCUUAUGUUGGACAUUACCCACUUCUGGCUUACUUUGCUAUUGCUGAAAACGAAUCCAUUGGAAGGGAACGCUACAACUUUAUGCAGAAAAUGCUUCUGCCAUGUGGGCUUCCACCUGAAAGAGAAGACGACUGAGAAUCUCCGACGAGAGAUCAAGCCGAACAGUUUAAUCUCUGGUCUUCUCCAGGCUCUGCAGUUUCCAUUUCCAUUUGGGAUAUCUGUUGCAUUGAAGCAGUGAUUAUAUUUGACAUUAAAUAGGAUAUUGAAUGCUGAGAUUGAUUUCUUGUUUGUGAAUCUCUUAUCAUUAGUUGAAGUAGUCAAGGCUUGUACUUUUGGAUUUUAUAUAGGUUUUGUCUAACUUCCCUUGGUCUUCUUGUUCUUCAAAUUUCAAGUAAACUGUUCACUUCUGGUGUAGAACUACCAAUGAGCAAAUGAGUAGAAAAUAUCAUCAUUACCAUGUAGUGAGAAAGUGAUUUUGAUGGCACCAUUGACUGAGGUGAUUUUGUUCAUGUUCUCUCUCUUUGCUGAAAUCAGAAUGGUGUUAGUUGGGUGUUGAGUUUGUUCAA